CAGCCCCCCACACCCAAAUCCCCAGCCGCUAGCCAGCGCGCACGCCGCCUCGGCGCGCGCACGCCGCCAUGGCGCCCGCCGCGAAGAAGCCCCCGCUCAAGUCCAGCUCCUCGCACAACUCCGCCGCGGGGGACGCCGCCGGGGGGAAGACCAUCGAGGAGACCUACCAGAAGAAGACGCAGCUGGAGCACAUCCUGCUGCGCCCGGACACCUACGUCGGCUCGGUGCAGAAGCACACGCAGCCGCUCUGGGUCUACGAGGGCGGCGCCAUGGUGCACCGCCCCGUCGCCUACGUCCCCGGCCUCUACAAGAUCUUCGACGAGAUCCUCGUCAACGCUGCGGACAACAAGCAGCGCGACCCCUCCAUGGACUCCCUCAAGGUCGACAUCGACGUCGGCGGCUGCUGCAUCUCCAUCUACAACAACGGGGACGGCGUGCCCGUCGAGAUCCACCAGGAGGAGGGCGUCUACGUGCCCGAGCUCAUCUUCGGCCACCUCCUCACCAGCAGCAACUACGACGACAACGAGCGCAAGACCACCGGCGGCAGGAACGGCUACGGCGCCAAGCUCGCCAACAUCUUCUCCACCGAGUUCGUCAUCGAGACCGCCGAUGGGCGCCGGCAGAAGAGGUACCGUCAGGUUUUCUCUGAUAACAUGGGGAAGAAGUCGGAGCCUGAGAUUAAGAAGUGCAAGCAGUCAGAGAACUGGACCAAAGUUACCUUCAAGCCUGACCUUGCAAAGUUCAACAUGACCGAGCUCGAAGCUGAUGUGGUGGCACUCAUGAUGAAGCGAGUAGUUGAUAUGGCAGGCACCCUUGGCAAAACGGUGAAGGUUGAGUUGAACGGCGAGAGGGUGGGAGUAAAAGGAUUCUCAGAUUAUGUGCAACUGUAUAUCGACUCUGCUUCCAAAGAAGGCAUCGAGCUACCAAGAAUUUACCAGAAGGUAAAUGAUCGUUGGGAGGUGUGUGUGAGUCUAAGUGAAGGCCAGUUCCAGCAGGUCAGUUUUGUAAACGGAAUUGCAACCAUAAGAGGUGGAACUCACGUUGACUACGUCGCGAACCAAAUUGCCAGCCAUGUGAUGGGCGUUGUGAACAAGAAGAACAAGCAGGCUAACAUGAAGUUGCAUACAGUGAAGGGCUACCUAUGGGUAUUUGUUAAUGCGCUCAUUGACAACCCUGCAUUUGAUUCACAGACCAAAGAGACCUUGACGACUCGUCAAGCAAGCUUUGGGUCCACAUGCGAGCUCUCUGAAGAGUUCCUUAAGAAGGUCUCUGGCUCGGGUGUUGUUAGCAAUCUCCUUUCUUGGGCCGAGUUCAAACUAAACAAGGAACUGAAGAAGACUGAUGGAACCAAGAAGACAAGUAUUGUUGGCAUCCCUAAGCUGGAGGAUGCAAAUGACGCUGGUGGGAAGAACUCUGACAAGUGCACCUUGAUCCUUACCGAGGGAGAUUCAGCAAAGGCUCUAGCAAUGGCUGGUAUAGGUGUAGUAGGAAGGGACCACUAUGGCGUGUUUCCUCUCAGGGGUAAAUUAUUAAAUGUGAGAGAAGCAAGCCAUAAGCAGCUCAUGGAGAAUGCAGAGAUCCAGAAUAUAAAGAAAAUAUUAGGUCUGCAGCAUGAAAAGAAGUACGAUAGUACGAAGGGCUUGAGAUACGGCCACCUCAUGAUAAUGACAGAUCAGGACCAUGAUGGUUCCCACAUCAAAGGGUUGCUGAUCAAUUUCAUUCACAAAGAGUGGCCAUCUCUCCUCAAAGUUCCUUCUUUCUUGGUUGAGUUCAUCACUCCAAUUAUCAAGGCAACCAAGGGCAAAGCUGUCAAGGCAUUUUACUCUAUGCCAGACUAUGAAGCAUGGAAAGAGAGCUUAGGUGGAAAUGCAAGUUCGUGGACUAUAAAGUACUACAAGGGGCUGGGAACCAGCACAGCUCAAGAAGGUCGGGAUUACUUUGAAGAUAUUACCCAUCACAAGAAAGAUUUUGUCUGGGCAGAUGACAAAGAAGAUGGUGAGGCUAUUGAGUUAGCAUUCAGCAAGAAAAAGAUUGCUGAGAGAAAGGACUGGCUGACCAACUAUCAGCCUGGAACUUGCCUUGACCAACGGGAGAAACGCAUCAAGUACAGUGAUUUUAUCAACAAAGAGCUGAUUCUCUUCUCGAUGGCAGACCUUGAACGGUCAAUACCUUCAAUGGUCGAUGGCUUUAAACCAGGACAGAGGAAGAUUUUGUUUUGCUCGUUCAAGAAGAAUUUGGUUAAAGAAUCAAAGGUGGCACAGUUUAUUGGUUAUGUGUCAGAACACUCAGCAUACCACCAUGGUGAGCAGAGUCUAGCAAGCACAAUUAUAGGAAUGGCUCAGGAUUUUGUUGGCAGCAAUAAUAUCAAUCUUUUGGAGCCCCGUGGCCAGUUUGGUACCAGGAAUGCGGGGGGCAAAGAUGCUGCUAGUGCUAGGUACAUCUUCACCAGAUUACAACCUAUCACCCGCUUAAUUUUCCCAAAGGAUGAUGAUGUUCUUCUGAACUAUUUGAAUGAAGAUGGGCAGUCAAUUGAACCCAGUUGGUAUAUGCCAAUCAUUCCCAUGGUUUUGGUCAAUGGAAGUGAAGGCAUUGGCACUGGGUGGAGCACCUAUGUCCCAAACUACAAUCCAAGAGACAUUAUUGCUAAUCUGAAAAGGUUGCUAAAUAACGAGACUAUCGUACCAAUGGUUCCUUGGUACAGGGGGUUCAAGGGCUCUUUGAAGGAGACAAGUUCAAAGGCAACUGGUGUGACAUAUACCAUCACUGGUGUUAUAGAGGAAGUUGCUGACACCAGGCUUAAAAUUACUGAGCUUCCCGUCCGCCGCUGGACUACAGAUUACAAAGAAUUUCUUGAAUCCAUGUGUCCUAUUCCUAUUAAGGAAAAGGAAAAGAGCAAGGACAAGAACAAGGACAAGAAGAAGGAAAAGGAUAAGGACAAGGAAAAGGAGAAGGAAAAGAGCAAGGAACCACCAUUGUUAGAGGAAAUAAGGUCGCAGUGUGAUCAUGCGGAUGUAGAUUUUGAGCUUAUCCUGACAGAGCAAAACAUGAAUAUAGCCAAGCAAGAAGGCCUUGAGAAGAAAUUCAAGCUGACUACCACAAUAGGAACAACAAACAUGCACUUAUUUGACUCAAAUGGUAAAAUCCGAAAAUAUGACACCCCAGAGGACGUACUUAAAGAGUUCUUUGAUUUGAGGCUCGACUUCUAUGUCAGACGAAAGAAAGUAAUGUUGGAAAACAUGGGGAUUGAGUUGCUCAAGUAUAAGAACAAAGUUAGGUUUAUUCUUGCUGUUAUUUCUGGGGACAUCAUAGUCAAUAACAGGAAGAGGGCAGAGCUAUUCCUGGAGCUGAAGCAGAAGAAAUAUGAUCCUUUCCCAAAGAAAAAACCCACGGCUGAGCCAGUUGCUGUAGGAUCUACAGAAGUAGAUGAAGAAAAUGAUGAGGGUCCUGUUGAGGCAGCAGCAAGUGAUUAUGAGUAUCUUCUCGCAAUGUCUAUUGGUACCUUGACUAUGGAGAAGGUGAAGGAGCUCAUCGCGCAGCAGGAUAAGGUAGAGGAAGAUCUGAAUAUCCUGAGUAAUACAGAGCCAAAUACUCUUUGGCUGAGAGACCUUGAUGCUCUUGAGAAGGAACUGGAUGCGCUUGAUGCAAAACUUGAAGCUGAGCAGAAUGACAGAUCACGCAAGCGCGCCAAAAACGCGAAGGAAUCUAAUGCAGCACCCAAGAGACAGCCUAAGAAGGCUGCGGCCAAGUCUCAGAAGGUACAGAGUAACACAACUGAUACAUUUCUUGAGUUGCAAUACUGGUUGCCCUUCACUGAUAAAACAAUCAAAAUUUUCAAGGCAAAUUUGGCUGGGAGCGACGAUGAAGAUUUUGAACCACCGAAUCCGAAACCUGCAGCGCAAAAGAAGAAACCAGCACCCAAGAAGGCAAGUGCACCGGUGAAAGAUGAAGAGGACGACGAAGUGGCUCAUCUCAAAGACCGUCUGGCCGCUUAUAAUCUUGACGACUCCUCUCCAGAACCUAGUGCCAUGGAAACAGAAGAACAGCAGAAGGCAAAGAAAGGGAGGAACGGACCAAGCAAGAGAGGCGCAGCGAAGAAGGCCAUGUCAUCCCUAGCUGAGUCCGAUGACGAAGACAUGGCAGAGCCCCACCAUGAGAGCGAGGGUGGGGAGUCUUCCAUGGAACUUGAGAAGAAGACCAAGGGAAGAAAGCCUGCUGCUGAGAAGCCGAAGGCUACCACCAUCAGGAAGAGGGCGCCGGCUCAGAGCAAAGUCAUGAAGCAGAAAGUGAUGGAGGAAAUACUCAAGCCUACUGAUGACAGCAACCUCAGCGCUCCUUCCCCUGAGAAGAAGGUCCGCAGGAUCAGGUCCUCCCCCUUCAACAAGAAGAGUGGCUCGCUUCUGCAGAGAGCGGCGAGCGCUUCAACAGGGGCAGAAGAUGCCGAGGCUCCUCCUUCCGGCAGCUCUGCUGAGCCGGUUGCACCGAGAAGGACAGUAAGGGAGAGGAAGGUGACGGUAGUCUACGCGGAUUCUGGGAGCGAAGAUGAUGAGUCCGAGGAUGAAGAUGCGUCGGAGCCGAGCGAAUCUGACUACUCCGGUGAGGACUAGAGUACUAGACUCGUUGGCUCAGCUGCUCCAAACAGUGUGUGGAAUUGGAGUGCAGUGUGACUGGUUUCUAAGACAUUUGGUUAGCUGAUCUCAUGUGUUGGUGCUUUGCUCAGGUGCAUUUCUUGUGCGUCUUAUGUUUAUGUUAGAUGUGUGUACUGAUGUCACAAGAAGGUUUGGAAGCUAUGUGUUGUUGCUUACAGUUUCUCCAUGGCUUCUGUUCCUACUUAGUCUGUGAGCUUGUAUCGUUGUUCAGUCUAAGAGUUUGUUUGUAUCUGUCUUAUUCUACAGUCAAUUUUUUCAUCAUUCCA